CUUAAAUUGAGUGAUCAAAUGAGCAAUUAACUCCAAAAUUGGGUCACCUUGUGUAAAUAAUUUCCGCGGGAAUACCACCUUGCACUGGUAGUCUUUUAUAAGUGAUCUUACAAAUUUUAGUGGAAAAAGAAUCAUCACAAAUAUCAAAAUCUACUAGCAUAACUUCUUUUAGUUUUACUAGCAUAUAAUUGAAGCAAACAUUUUUAUAUAGGAUUUUCCAAAUUAUUAAUCUCAUUACUCUUGCCUAUUCUUUGCCCUCAUUGAAAGUGAUCAAGAUAUUCAUCUUGGAUGAUAAUUGAAUAUUAAACCCAAAAUUUAGAAAAAAUAUUAAGUAUAAUGUAUAAACGGCUCAAAUGGGCUUCACAUAUUUACUUUAGGAACACAAAGCCUUAUUUUUGGAUUCGUUGUUUGAGUUCAAAUGCAAACUCAUUGUUCAAUUGGAACUCAAGAAUUACUAGCUAUUUUAAGAAAGGUGAUAUUGAGGCAGCACACAAUCUGUUUGAUGAAAUGCCCCAAAAGAAUAUAGUAACUUGGAACUGUAUGAUAUCUGGGUAUGUCAGAAAUGGGAUGCUUGAUGAUGCUCAACUAAUGUUUGACAAAAUGCCGAGCAGAAAUGUCGUUUCUUGGACAGCUUUGUUAAGUGGUUAUGCGAAGAAUGGGAAUUUAGAAGUGGCGCGUCGUAUGUUUGAUGGAAUGGAUGAUAAGAAUGUGGUUUGUUGGAAUUCAAUGAUCUCGGGGUAUGUGAGCAAUGGGAGAAUAGAGGAAGGUAGAGCGUUGUUUGAUGCAAUGUCGAUUAAGAAUGAUGUAUCGUGGGCGAUUAUGAUUGAAGGUUACUUACAGUAUGGGGAUGUGAGUGAAGCUGAGAGGUUGUUUAGUACAGCACCAGUGAAAAGUGUGCCGAUUUGUAAUGUUAUGUUAGCAGGUUAUGCUGCAAUGGGGCGGACUGAGGAUUCGUAUAAGUUAUUUGUGAGAAUGGCUACGCGUGAUGUGGCAUCUUGGACUAGUAUGAUCACGUGUUUCUUAAGAGCCAGGGAGGUGGAGAAAGCUAGAAGUUUGUUUGACGACAUGCCUGAUAAGGAUGUCGUGGCUUGGACUACCAUGAUUAAAGGAUAUUGUGAAAAUAACAACGUGGAGGAGGCAAGAAAACUUUUUGCUGCAAUGCCUCAAAAGGAUAUUAUUGCAUGGAAUUCAAUGCUAAGUGGUUAUCUGCAGAAUGGAAGACUGCUAGAUGCUCUACACCUGUUUCAGACGAUGCCAUGGCGGAACACAGUAUCAUGGAAUCUGAUGUUGUCGGGUUUCAUUCAACAAGAUGAUAUAACUAGUGCUCGAGAGUUGUUUGAGCAGAUGCCUAGAAAAGAUCAAACCUCGUGGAACACUAUCAUUUCUGGAUAUCAAAAUGAGGAAGCUUUGGUUUUAUAUGUCCAUAUGUUGCAAAAUAAUUACAAGCCAGAUCAAAUCACAUUUUCCAAUGUGGUCUCCUUAUGUGGAGUUCUUGCUUUGUAUGGUUGGGGAAGAGCUUUGCAUGCUUGUGUAACAAAGAGUGGCUUUGAAAAUGAUACAAUGAUUAUGAGUACAUUCAUAUCCAUGUAUUCUAGGUGUGGAUUUAUAAAUGAAGCUUCCUCACUUUUCAGAAAUAUGAAAAGACUAGACACAAUAGCAUGGAAUGCCAUGAUUGUAGCACAAGCAUGUCAUGGUUCCGCUAAAGAAGCCCUCGAUCUUUUUCCUUGUAUGAUUCAAGCUGGACAUGAACCAGACCAUGUAACUUUUCUUGGUGUCCUAACUGCUUGUGCUCAUUCUGGAUUAGCGGACGAGGGUUGGAGCUACUUUAUAUCAAUGGAGAAAAGGUGGAAAAUAAUUCCUAAGGCUGAGCACUAUAAUUGCAUGGUUGAUCUCCUUGGGAGAUCAGGGAUGCUAGCUGAAGCCUUCGAGCUUGUCAAACAAAUUCCUCAUGAUUUCCCUGCUCAUACUCGGGAGACAUUACUUAGUUGUUGUAGAGUCCACGAAAAUUUUGAUUUAAGUGAUCUUGUAGCGCAGAAGCUUCUAACCCUUCAGCCUUCUAAUACUGGAAUAUGUGUACAAUUAUCAAAUAUGUAUUCUGCAAGAGGAAUGUGGAAAGAUGCAGCUCGUGUGAGAGCACUACUUAAAAAGCAUGAUUUGAAGAAAGAAUUGGCAUGUAGUUGGAUUGAGAUAAAUGGUUGUAUUUCACAGUUUGUUUCAAAUGACAGAUGUAAUCCUAGAGGAACAGACAUGUACAAAGCACUAGAAAGUCUUUCUGCACUAAUUGAAGAUAGUGGCAUAGUAGCGCAUUGGGGAUGUUAUUCAAAAUUCGGUUCUUCUGAAGAAUUUAAUCUUCCCUAACAUGUUUUUCCCUUCAUUCCAGUCUAUAAAAGUUUCAGAGUAGAAUUUCUGGUUCCUUCUCGGUGAAUCCCUCUGGGAUUGAAAAAUUAUUCGCUAAAAAGCCCUUCAAAAAGGUUUUAUGAAGUCUCAUUGAGGGAUGUUGCUUGAUAUCUCUCACAGAUGCCAGCCCAGUAUGUGCUUCUAUGAAGACCUGAAACCUAAUGCUUGACGAAAGUACUCCUGUGAUAGCCAGACUUGGGUGCAAUUAUUGGUGAUAGCUCCGUGUCUUGGAAGAUUAUAGGGAUAAAAUUUCCAAGACCCUGGUUUAGAGGAACUUUUGAACGGGAUACUAGUCAGUUUUCACAUACAAGGAUUGAUCUUGGUUGGUUCUCCCUACAUAUUUUGGCUCCUGACUUACUUCUACACCUGCUUGAAACGCUGCUGUUUUGGCGAUGACAGCAGUGUUGACAACCGCCAGAUUUCUAGGCGGACCUCAAGGGCUUCUA